CUUGUGGUGAACAUCGGUAUUGCACUCCAGCAGCGCCAAAUUUCCACCUUGUGUCAAUAAGAGGGGACGCAGAUACUGCAACAUGGAGACCCAUGACAGUAAGGAGCCAGAGCAGCUCAGGAAGCUGUUCAUUGGUGGACUAAGCUUUGAGACAACAGAGGACAGCUUGCGUGCUCACUUUGAGCGAUGGGGCAAACUCACAGACUGCGUGGUGAUGCGUGACCCCGGCAGCAAGCGCUCACGAGGGUUCGGUUUUGUGACGUACUCCUGUGUGACUGAGGUGGAUGAUGCAAUGAGGGCUCGCCCUCAUAAGGUUGAUGGUCGUGUGGUCGAACCCAAACGCGCGGUUUCCCGAGAGGACUCAAAUAAGCCAGGUGCCCACUUGACAGUGAAAAAGAUCUUUGUUGGUGGGAUAAAGGAGCACACAGAAGAGCAUCACAUACGUGAAUACUUUGAGCGGUAUGGGAAAAUUGAAAACAUUGAUAUUAUGGAGGAGCGACCUACAGGGAAGAAGAGAGGGUUCUGCUUUGUAACUUUUGAUGAUCAUGACACUGUGGAUAAAAUUGUUGCACAGAAGUACCAUACCAUAAACUCCCACAACUGUGAGGUCAGGAAAGCACUACCAAAACAGGAAAUACAGGCAGUUUCUAACCAGAGAUAUCGUGGAGGCGGAGGGGGUAAUUUCAUGGGCAGAGGGGGAAACUUUGGACGAGGAAGCUAUGGAGGAAGCAGAGGCUAUGGAGGAAAUGGAUACAACGGGUUUGAUGGAGAUGGUGGGAACUAUGGUGGUGGGCCAGGUUAUGGUGGUGGACGCGGAGGAUUUGGUGGAGGCUCCGGUUAUGGCCACCAUGGCGGAGGAGGUGGCUUUGGAGGAUAUGACAACUACAGCGAUGGACGCAGUUUUGGUGGAAACUUCGGUGGCGGAGGCGGAAACUACAACGACUUUGGGAAUUACGGUGGUCAGCAGUCUAACUACGGCCCCAUGAAAGGGAAUAACUUUGGAGGGAGGAAUCCAGUUGGACCAUAUGGAGGUGGCUACGGCUCAGGUGGAGGCAGCGGCAGCUAUGGAUCGAGGCGAUAUUAACGCGCGCACUUUCGUGAUUGAAACGAAGCGGCUCUUCAGAAAAUCUUGUAUGACACGUUUUCAACGACAGUUCUGGAUGGGUAAGAUUAAUUUCUCAAAAAAUAUGUCAGGAGCAUUUUAAAAUAUCCUUCCAUAGCCACAAACAGAAGCUUAUCCCCAAACUCUGAGUCUACUUGAUAGGACUAUUCUAUGAGAUAUAAUACUGAUGAAAGAUUCUUUCAAAAUUUUAAAUUAAUAGGCCUAUUGCCUGUCACCAUUCACAGUAGUGGUGUUUUUGCAGCAAAUUACAAGUAAUGAUGUUUCAUGCCAUUACAUGCCAUUACAGAGGAGCCUCCCCUUAAAUGCCAUUAAUUUAUAAAGGAUAAGGCAUCCACUUCUUACCUAAAACCAUUUUCGUUAAUGAAGCAAAAUGAAUGAAAGUAUAUUAAUAGGGAAAAUCUGUUUAUUAUAUGAGCAGUAUGUCUUUAGAGUGCAGAACAACGUAAUGUUUAUUUAAAAUAUGUUUAGAAAAUGAAGAACUGUGAAUGUUCUCGCUGCCAACACCACUAGCCCUGUGCACUGAACCUGGUGAGUAUGCAAACUGGUAGUCAAAUAGCCAUGUUCUCGUACAGAGUGGCAAAUUUCAUGUCUCUUUUUAUACUUUGGACAGCUGAGCUGGUAUAAAAGUGGAUAUGCCUGCUCUUCUGUGAUUCUCAAGUCAUUUCCACCUGACCUCCGUUAGGGCUCCUAUGCCACCUCAUCAUUUUUGAAGCCUGAUCCACAGGAAAGAUCCACACAAGCGCACUAGCAUACAGAGAUGCGCACGGCCAUGGGUCAGUGCCCUUCAGCACCACACUGGCUUCUAUAGCAGUUGUUGUUUACCUGGAUAUGGGAGGAUAUAUUUUACUCAGGGAUCAUUCAUGCCUGUAAAAUUGUUUUUAUUCACUUCUUUAAUCCGGCAGCACCACACAUCUUUAACGCACGGCUUGAAUGCGCAUUUUCCCCCUAAUAUUCAUACUUUUGCUUUGUGUGAAUGUGUAUUAUUAUUAUUAUUAUUAUUAAGUAUUAUUUUUUAAUAAAGGUGUUUUGUAAUGAUUUUAGCUGUAUUGGUCUAUUGGUCUAUACAUGCUCCUUUGCAUGGGUUGUUUUUGUUUUUUUUUGUUUUUUUUUAAGGGUCUCAGACCCGGUUUCUUGCUUCGCAUGCGAGCACAUAGUGUAACAGACGUUGAAUGUUGCGCAAUGCAGGUGAAUUGUUUGGAUGCAUUUAAACUGUCAGAGCAGGUUAAAGCAACCAAGGUGUGGCAGGUUGUACCGCGAGUUGAAUGAUGACACUGAUGUAAGAGCAUAAUUAUUCAAUACGACUAUAACAAUGUAGCACACCUCUCGAGCAUAAAGGCGCUAUUCUAUUAACAUAGUGCACACGAUGUACACAAGGCGUCUUUGAACCAGCCGAUCCUGUUUGUUCAGUCUGGCCAAUGGCUUCUGAAGGGCUGGUGUGGGCGGACUUGGGUUUUUUUGGGUUUUUUUAAGUGUAUGAGGGUAAAAAGUGCUUGACAGUGCAAACACUACAAUGAGCAAAGCUGUUUUUCUUCUGUUUGGCCAGCAGGGCCCGGAGGGGCCGACGUAUACGGGCUUCACAGGGCUGGAAAACAGCCGUGCUGUUGCACAACCUUCUGUGAGGUUCAGACAGUUCACUUGGGAGCAGUGACCUGCUACACAUUUUACACAGAUAUUACACCGUGGGGAAUGCUGAUGCAGAAAUAUAUUGGGAUUAAAGAUAUUUUCAGAUGUUUAUUUAAUUUGAACUGUUAAUGUCCUAUACUGGUUUAAUAGCAGUGAUAGCAGACAGACUACUUAAAUCACCUGAUUAAAUGAAUGGUUUAUUUUUUUAUAAAGCAUGAAGUCAGAAGAUAAAAUCGCAACAGAGCUGUAAAUUAAGAUAUAAAAACAGACUUGAGUGCCAGUGAUUGCAACACAAUUAAUAGCCUUCUAAAACAUAUACACAGUACAUUGUCUGAUAUUUCAAUAGCAAAUAAAGUAUAAAUGUAUUUACAAACCAUAUAGAUAAAACAAUCUCAGAUAAAAUAUAAAGAAGUACAAAAUAUAACAGACAUUAAGAAUAUUAAGAAAGUAGAAUAAGCAAAAACUAUAUAAUAGUUCUGCCAUCUUUACUGCUAACGCUUAAGCAAAAAUACCUACAAAGUUUUUUUUUGUUGUUUUUUUUGUCUUCCUUUGCAUAGUAUUUAGCUAAAGAAAAUGCAGUACCAAGGAGGAGGAGAGCGAGCAGAAUAAGUGCUAGUUGCUCUUGACGAGAGUCUUUUUGAUGCGGGGGACCAGGAAGACG